GCGCCGCGCGCGCCGAGGGAGGAGCGGGAGCCGGGGGCCGGCUGGCGCGGGGGCUCCGACCCCGCCCGGCCUGGCGAUGGAGUUUCCGGACCUUGGGGCUCACUGUUCGGAGCCGAGCUGUCAGCGCUUGGAUUUUCUGCCGCUUAAGUGUGAUGCCUGCUCAGGCAUCUUCUGCGCAGACCAUGUGGCCUACGCCCAACAUCACUGUGGAUCUGCUUACCAAAAGGAUAUCCAGGUACCUGUGUGCCCUCUCUGUAAUGUGCCUGUGCCUGUGGCCAGAGGGGAGCCCCCUGACCGUGCUGUGGGAGAGCACAUUGACAGAGACUGUCGCUCUGAUCCAGCACAGCAAAAACGUAAGAUCUUCACCAAUAAGUGUGAGCGCGCAGGCUGCCGGCAGCGAGAAAUGAUGAAACUGACCUGUGAACGCUGUAGCCGAAACUUCUGCAUCAAGCACCGGCACCCACUGGACCAUGACUGCUCUGGGGAGGGGCACCCAACCAGCCGGGCAGGACUUGCUGCCAUCUCCAGAGCACAAGCUGUGGCUUCUACAAGCACCGUCCUCAGCCCAAGUCGAACCAUGCCUUCCUGUCCCUCUCCCAGCAGAGCCACAACCCGAUCUCCGUCCUGGACAGCCCCUCCAGUGAUUGCUUUGCAGAAUGGCCUGAGUGAGGAUGAAGCUCUGCAGCGGGCCCUGGAAAUGUCCCUGGCAGAGACCAAACCCCAGGUUCCAAGUUGUCAGGAGGAAGAAGACCUAGCUUUAGCACAAGCACUGUCAGCCAGUGAGGCAGAAUACCAGCGGCAGCAGUAUGACUCCAGCCCAUGCUGAGCUCUGAAAUGAGGGCUGUCCCUCAUUUCCUUGACGUUGCACCGUGUCUUCCCCUCCUUCCCCUCUCCUUGCUCCAGGCCCAGAGCCGCAGCUCGAAGCCAUCCAACUGCAGCCUGUGCUAGGGCCCUGGGGUUGGGGAGGGAGGUUCACCUGAGGAGGACUGUGGCCCUCACACCUCUAGGGUACACAGGGAGAGGAGGCCCGGAGCAGCCUGGAGGGCAGAGACAAGUGGGAGUGAUGUGGAGGUCGCCCUGGGAGCCUCUGGAAGGCCUUGCUAGUGCUCCAGCUGCAUGGAAGAGAGCAGCUAGCAACUGUUCCCUGGUUGGGCCCUCAGUGGAUGCUGGCCAGGCCCUACUCUCAGCCCCUUCAUCAUGUCAUCUCCCUUAUGCUGGAGCUGCCCCGACGUGGAGUGGGCAGGAAGGGGCCUGGAAAAAAUAAAGGAUCUUGGCAGUUGUUAAAACAUACAA